GAGUUGCACGAGGUGCCGGUGAAGCGCGUUCGCGGCGGCUACUGACCGGAGCGGACCGGCCGCGGUGGCGGAAUGCAGGUGUCCAGCGUGAACGACGUGAAGAUCUACAACCUGAGUUAUGGCAGGUCGUUGCCGGAGUGGCUUUCAGAUAGAAAAAAGAGGUCAUUACAGAAGAAUGAUGUUGAUGUUCGUCGAAGAAUUGAACUCAUCCAGGACUUUGAGAUGCCUGCAGUUAGUACCACUAUUAAAGUUUCACGAGAUGGCCAGUAUAUUAUUGCAACAGGCACCUACAAACCUCGGAUUCGAUGCUAUGAUACCUACCAGUUGUCAAUGAAGUUUGAACGCUGCUUGGAUUCAGAAGUUGUUACGUUUGAGAUUUUAUCAGAUGAUUAUUCAAAGCUGGUUUUUCUGCAGUGUGACCGUUACGUGGAGUUUCAUUCACAACAUGGCCACUAUUAUAGGACACGCAUCCCCAAGUUUGGUAGAGACUUCUCUUACCAUUAUCCUUCAUGUGAUCUCUAUUUUGUUGGAACAAGUUCUGAAGUUUACAGAUUAAAUUUGGAACAAGGACGAUUCUUAAAUUCCCUACAAACAGAUGCUUUCCAGAACAAUGUUUGUGAUAUUAACCCUGCACACUACCUGUUUGCUGCUGGAUCAACUGAGGGUAAAGUGGAGUGCUGGGAUCCACGAACAAGAAAUCGAGUAGGAAUGCUUGACUGUGCCCUAAGCAGUGUGACAGCUGAUACAGAGAUUGAUGGCUUGCCUUCUAUUUCUGCGUUAAAGUUCAAAGGAGCAUUACACAUGGUUGUUGGCACUACCACGGGUCAGGUUUUGUUAUAUGAUCUUCGCUCAAAUCGUCCACUGAUCAUCAAGGACCAUCGCUAUGGGCUGCCAAUUAAGUCAGUUGAAUUCCAGGAUCAGCUGGAUUUGGUAAUUUCAGCAGAUUCGAGGAUUGUAAAAAUGUGGAAUCAUAAUACGGGAAAAAUAUUCACUUCAAUUGAAUUGCAGCAUGAAAUCAAUGGCCUUUGCCUUUAUCCUAACUCUGGAAUGUUUUUUCUUGCCAAUGAAUCACCUAAGAUAAAUACAUUUUAUGUUCCAGCAUUGGGGCCUGCACCCCGCUGGUGUUCAUUCCUGGAUAACCUAACAGAGGAGUUAGAAGAAAACCCAGAAUCUACAGUGUAUGAUGAUUAUAAAUUUGUCACCAAGAAGGAUUUAGAAAACCUAGGUCUUGUUCACCUUAUUGGCACUCCAUUGCUGCGGGCAUACAUGCACGGAUUCUUUAUGGACAUUCGACUAUAUCAUAAGGUGAAAGCUAUGACAAAUCCAUUUGCUUAUGAGGAAUAUCGAAAAGAUAAGAUCAGACAGAAAAUAGAGGAAACCCGUGUUCAAAGAGUCCAAGUUAAGCAACUGCCAAAAGUAAAUAAAGAGCUGGCAAUGAAGCUCAUGGAAGAAGAAAAAGAACAAGUACAAAGAAAAAAGGGAAAGAAUCUACCUAACAUUCUGCGGGAUGACCGAUUCACAGUCAUGUUUGAAAAUCCAGACUUUCAAGUGGAUGAAACCAGUGAAGAAUUCAGGCUCAUAAAUCCAAUUGUGUCCAAAGCCUCUGAAAAAAGAAAGAAAAAACUUAAGCGGCUACAGGAGCAUAUGGAGACAGUGCAGGAAGACGAAGAGCUGGAAGGAAAACCCAGUGAUGCAGAUAGUUCUGAAAGUUCCGAUGAUGACCGUGGCUGGGUUGAAGAGGUCCAGAAACAGCACAGAUUGUUGCGCGAAGAGCAAAAAUUGAGACUAAUGGAAAGUAAUCAGCAAGUUCAUUCAAAACCAAAAUUCUUUGAGAUCAAAGCUGGAGAAGAGUUCAGAAGUUUUCAAGACACUGCCCGUAAACAAAAGCUGCUCAAAACGACUCUUGAAGAUCGGUUGAAACAGGAAGAAAAGUCUGGAACACUCCAUUUGUCUGACACCACUGUAGGCAGUAAACAGUUAACAUUUGCCCUUAAAAAGUCUGAACAACAAAAGAAGCGACAUGAGGCUGAGAAGCAGCAUCGUGAAGAGAGAAGACGGCUGAGGCGUUCAGCAGGACAUCUUCGAGGCAAAGCAUUGAAAAGGAAGUAAUUCUUCUAAACAGCAUUGUAUUUUCAUUUUAUUCCCCUCAAAGUAACUGAGUUCCAGGUGUUUCUAAAAACUGUAUUCAAAGCAUCAGUGAAACAGAAAACAGCAACUAGAGAUGUUUCCAGUGACUGGGCAAGAAUUUGUUCCAUCUGCUACUUCAGAUUAGACAACUUGAAGGAACUUGUGUGUGGGACUUUGGACAUUUGUAUUUUUGCAUAACAUUCUGUAUUAUACAGACUACUGUGUAUAUUUAUCAGAAGAGGAUUUUCUAACAAAAAUACAGAAUAUUUGUCUA